UUUCUUCACUUGUCUCUCCGGUGAAGAAUGCGAGUCUGUAAUCCGAAGCGAAAGCGGUGAGAAGAAUAAAAAUAGGAUAGAUGUAGAGAGAGAAAGUUAGUGAGAGGAAGAGAGAGAUGCAAAUCCAAAAUCUUCGAGAGCGAUGAUGCAAGGACUUCAUCACCAACAGCAACAACUCGCAGCUCUGCUUUCCGCUGCUCUCCCCAAAGACGAUUCAUCAUCUUCAACAACUCCUCCUCCUUCUUCAACAACUCUUGCUUCUGACGAAGCCGACUCGUCUCGUCUCGCCGCCAUCAACUCUCUCCACCGAGCCAUUCUUUACCCUCACAAUUCACUUCUCAUAACCCACUCCGCUUCUUUCCUUGCCCAGGCCUUCUCUCAACUUCUCUCCGACAAAUUGUAUUCAGUGCGUCAGGCAGCGGCUACAGCAUAUGGGGCUUUGUGUUCUGUGUUGUGCUCAAUCCCUAUCUCGACGAGUGGAAGGCAAAACCAUGUUGUACUUGGCAGUCUGGUCGAUGGGUUUAUUGGUUGGGCACUGCCUUUGCUGAGCAAUGUUGGGGCUGGGGACGUGACAAGAGAAUUGGCAUUAGAAGGUCUGUGUGAGUUUCUUGAUGCCGGGGAUGUCGGGGCAAUUGAGAGAUAUGCAUUACCGAUUCUUAAAGCGUGCCAAGAACUGCUUGAAGAUGAGAGAACCUCCUUGAGUUUACUGCAUCAGCUUUUGCGUGUCUUAACUCUGAUAUCCUUGAAGUUUUUCAGAUGUUUUCAACCCCAUUUUAUGGACAUUGUUGAUCUGCUUCUUGGGUGGGCGAUGGUACCAGACCUUGCUGAAUCUGAUAGACAUGUUAUUAUGAAUAGCUUCUUGCAAUUUCAGAAACAAUGGGUGAGUAACCUGCAGUUCUCUCUGAGUUUGCUCUCGAAGUUCUUGGGUGACAUGGAUGUAUUACUACAGGAUGGAAGUCCUGGGACACCACAACAAUUUCGAAGAUUGCUUUCGUUGUUGUCUUGCUUUUCUACAAUUUUGCAGUCCACAGCUUCUGGAUUGCUAGAGAUUAAUCUACUUGAACAAAUAAGUGAACCUCUUGUCAAAAUGCUCCCUCAGUUAUUAGGAUGUUUGUCUAUGGUUGGAAGGAAAUUCGGGUGGUCAAAAUGGAUCGGGGAUUCCUGGAGGUGCUUGACUCUUCUAGCAGAAAUUCUUAGCGAGAGGUUUUCAUCCUUUUACCCCCUUGCCGUUGAUACAUUGUUUCAAAGCUUGGAAAUGGACAAUUCUAACCAACUUGUAGGGCCUGGGAAGAUUACAUCUUUUCAGGUGCACGGGGUUCUUAAAACCAAUCUUCAAUUAUUGUCUCUACAAAAACUUGGCCUUCUCCCAUCAUCUGUGCAUAAAAUAUUGCAAUUUGAUGCACCUAUAUCUCAGCUGCGUUUGCAUCCAAAUCACUUGGUGACAGGAAGUUCUGCUGCUACUUAUAUUUUCCUGCUCCAGCAUGUCAAUAACAAAGUUGUUGAACAAGCAGUGACUUCCUUGACUGAAGAGUUGGAGUUGUUAAAGGGCAUGCUGGGAAGGACUUCAUGCGAAGGAGAUGAUAUCAAUAACAUGGCAGCUCCUAAAUCUUACUCAAAGCAUGAGUUGCUUUCAUUGAUCAAAUUUGAUUUAAAAGUUCUAUUAAGCUGCGUUUCUUUGGGUGGGGCUAGCAGUUUGAUUGGCCGAACAGACGUUGAUGCUUUAUACCUUGAGAGGUCAGAAAAAUUGGUAUCUUUUAUUGUAGAGAAAUUGGAUCCUUUUGAGUUGCCUAUUCUGGGCUAUGUGGAGUUGCAAACUAAUGUUGUCAAUGCACUGUACCGGCUAGCUACGGUUGAAUUUUUAAGCAAAUGUUCCAUUUGGAAACUUAAUUGCAGGAAAGUUUCUGUGGAUAUUGCAACUGAAAAGCUCCUGGAGGAGGAUAAUGUGAUGGAUGAACAUUCUUCUGUAAUUUUUGAGUAUUUGAGGAAGUAUGGUGUGUUCCUUGUGAAAGCUCUUCAUUUUUCUUCUCCACUGGCAGUUAAAUUAGAAGCCCUACAAUGGAUCCAUAAAUUCUGUGAGAAUGUCAUUGAUAUAUAUGAGAAUUUAAAGCCACCCAGUUGUACUUCUGAAGCAUUCAGAUAUGUUGGUAUUGUUGGAAAUCUGAUUUUCUCAGUUAUGGAUUCCGCAUUAGAUAGGGAACCAAAAGUGAGAUCUCAUGUUGCUUCAGUUAUAGAGCUUCUUCUGCAAGCAAAACUUAUUCAUCCCACACAAUUCUAUACUGUUACUGAACUGGUCCUUGAAAAACUUGGUGAUCCUGAUAACGAUAUAAAAAAUGCAUUUGUUAGGUUGCUUUCCCAUGUUUUGCCUGUUACAACAUAUGUAUGUGGUUUGUACGACUUUGGAGCAGUUAGCACAUAUAGGCCUAGUGUCCUUCCAUUAGGCGAUAGGUCUUACUUUCACUGGAAGCAAGUAUUUGCCCUCAAACAACUACCUCAGCAACUUCAUUCACAGCAGCUUGUUUCCAUCUUAAGUUACAUUUCACAAAGAUGGAAGGUGCCUCUUUCUUCUUGGAUCCAGCGGCUCAUUCAUACAUGCCGGAGUUCGGACUUAGCUUUAAAUCAACUAGAGGAAACAGUAAACAUUGGUGUGAGUGGUUCAUGGUUAGACAUAAAAUUUGAGGACAAUGUUCUUGAAAAAAUUUGCUCCGUUAAUAUCCUUGCUGGUGCAUGGUGGGCCAUACAUGAAGCAGCCAGAUACUGUAUUACUAUGCGCCUUCGCACCAACCUUGGUGGGCCCACCCAAACUUUUGCAGCACUAGAGCGCAUGCUCUUGGACAUUGCACAUGUGCUGCAGCUUGAUGCUGAGCAAAGUGAUGGAAAUAUUAAUAUUGUAGGUUCUUCUUAUGCUCACUUGUUACCAAUGAGGUUAUUAUUGGAUUUUGUGGAGUCUCUGAAGAAAAAUGUAUAUAAUGCAUAUGAUGGAUCAACUGUUUUGCCAUGUGCUUCUCGGCAGAGUUCCUUGUUCUUUCGGGCAAAUAAAAAAGUUUGCGAGGAGUGGUUUUCUCGCAUAUGUGAGCCAAUGAUGAAUGCUGGAUUGGCAUUGCAAUGUCAUGAUGCUACAAUUCAUUACUGUACGUUGCGUUUGCAGGAGCUUAGAAAUCUUGUGGCCUCAGCUUUGAAGGACAAGUCUAGGACCCAGGUGGCUGAGAACCUACAUAAUUUGGACAGAUUUUCAGGAGAUAUCUCGAGGGUUUUGCGGCACAUGGCAUUGGCUCUUUGUAAGUGUCAUGAACCGGAGGCUUUGAUUGGCUUAGAGGAAUGGGUUUCUAUGACAUUCUCUUCCCUGCUUAGCAACGAAAACCAGAGUCUGAGUAACAAUGGGACCUUGGGACCUUUUUCGUGGAUCACUGGACUUGUGUACCAAGCAGAAGGGUGCUAUGAAAAGGCUGCUGCCCACUUUAUUCACUUGUUGCAGAACGAGGAGUCACUAAGUUCUAUGGGUUCUGAUGGUGUGCAGUUCGCAAUAGGGCGUAUCAUUGAGAGUUAUACAGCAGUUUCUGAUUGGAAGUCUUUAGAAUCCUGGCUAUUGGAGCUGCAAACACUUCGUGCUAAGCAUGCUGGGAAGAGUUAUUCUGGUGCUCUUACAACGGCUGGAAAUGAAAUAAAUGCAAUUCAUGCCUUGUCCCACUUUGAUUUGGGUAAUUUUCAGGCGGCCUGGGCAUCCCUUGAUUUGACACCUAAAUGUAGCAGUGAACUCACUCUCGAUCCCAAAUUGGCCUUGCAAAGGAGUGAACAGAUGCUUUUGCAGGCGAUGCUUCUUCAAACUGAGCAGAAGGUAGACACGGUAUCACAUGAAAUGCAAAAGGCCAAGUCAAUGCUGGAGGAGACAUUGUCUGUUUUGCCACUUGAUGGGGUGGCGGAGGCAGCAGCGCAUGCCACCCAGUUGCACUGCAUCUUUGCUUUUGAGGAAAGUUGCAAGCUUAAAGACAGCCAAGACAAGCAACUUCAGUCUUUAUUAAGUUCAUAUAUCCAGGUACUGCGAUCCCCAGUCAACCGAGUUCAUCAAGAUUGUAACUUGUGGCUCAAAGUUCUCCGGGUUUAUCGAACUGUCCUCCCAUCUUCACCGGUGACUCUACAGCUCUGUAAAAAUUUGUUAACUUUAGCCCGUAAGCAAAGAAACCUAAUGUUGGCAAACCGUCUUAAUAAUCAUCUCAAAGAUCAUUUACUAACUUGCUCUGAGGGGAAGUACCGUGAUUUCUUGAUCUUGAAUUUGCAGUAUGAGGGCAUCCUGCUGAUGCAUGCUGAAAACAAGCAUGAAGAUGCACUCACAAAUCUUUGGUUGUUCCUACGUCCUUGCAUGGUUUCACCUUCAUGUAAUGUUCCUGACGCUGAUGACAAUGUUUUGAAGGCAAAGGCAUGCUUGAAACUUUCAGAUUGGUUGAGAAGAGAUUAUUCAGAUACAACUUUGGAAAAUAUUGCUCUCAAGAUGCGUGCAGAUUUCAGAGAAACUGAUAUUUCUCCUCUUGGAGGGACAACCAUCUUCAGUGACGAUUACUUAAGCUCUAAACCAAGAAUUGGUCUCAUUGUUGAGGAACUUGUGGGUACAGCAACAAAGUUGUCUUCUCGUCUCUGCCCCACUAUGGGCAAGUCAUGGAUUUCAUAUGCCUCUUGGUGUUUUAGGCAAGCUAGAGCAUCUCUCUCUGCACCAGAUGAGACCACCCUUCAGUCAUGUUCUUUUUCUCCCAUUCUUGUUCCAGAUGUUCUACCCGAAAGAUUUAAAUUAACUGAAGAAGAGCUAUUAAGAGUGAAAUAUAUUGUUUUGCAGCUUUUGCAGGAAAGGAAUGAUACAAAAGAUUUGAAUGAGAAAGGGGGAGAGUGUAAGUUUCAUCUUGAAUCUUCUGAGCACUUGAGCAAUGAGAAUUAUGUGAAAACUUUGGUGCAGCAAGUAGUUAAUAUAAUUGAAGCUACAGCUGGAGCACCAGGGGCAGAAAAUUCUAGUGGGGAAUGCCUUUCUACUAUAGUAAAUUCUCAGUUGCAAAAAUGCUUUCUAUGUGCAAAUAUUGCGCUUGAAGAAUCUGCAAUGUUGUCCUUGGUUGAUGAUUUAGUUGAUGUUUGGUGGUCUUUGAGGAGGAGAAGGGUGUCUCUCUUUGGGCAUGCGGCUCAAGCUUACAUACAUUACCUUUCAUAUUCGUCUUCCAAGCUCUGUGAUGGUCAGUUAGCUGAUUUUGAUUGCGAGUCUCUGAAACAGAAGACUGUGAGCUACACACUUAGGGCUACACUCUAUGUCUUGCACAUUCUUCUUAACUAUGGAGUGGAAUUAAAAGAUACACUUGAACCUGCUCUUUCUACAGUUCCUUUGUUGCCAUGGCAGGAAAUAACACCUCAACUCUUUGCUCGGUUGAGUUCUCAUCCUGAACAUUCGGUUCGAAAACUGUUGGAAGGAUUACUAUUGAUGCUUGCUAAGCUCUCUCCUUGGUCCAUUGUUUACCCGACCCUUGUUGAUGUAAAUGCUUAUGAAGAGGAACCUUCGGAGGAGCUUCAGCACGUACUAGCUUGUUUGAGUAAACUUUAUCCAAGACUAAUUCAGGAUGUCCGGCUCAUGAUAGAAGAGCUGGGAAACGUAACUGUUCUUUGGGAGGAACUAUGGCUCAGCACGCUUCAAGAUCUUCACACGGAUGUGAUGAGGCGUAUAAAUUUGUUGAAAGAGGAGGCUGCACGAAUUGCAGAGAAUGCUACCCUUAGUCAUAGUGAGAAGAACAAGAUAAAUGCUGCAAAAUACUCUGCCAUGAUGGCUCCAAUUGUUGUAGCCUUAGAGCGUCGUCUGGCUUCUACUUCUCGGAAACCUGAAACACCUCAUGAGAUAUGGUUCCAUGAGGAGUACAGGGAACAACUUAAAUCAGCCAUUUUAAACUUCAAGACUCCUCCAGCAUCUGCUGCGGCACUCGGGGAUGUGUGGAGACCAUUCGAUAAUAUUGCUGCAUCCUUAGCAUCUUAUCAGAGGAAGUCAUCGAUAUCCUUGGGAGAUGUUGCACCACAAUUGGCUAUGCUAUCCUCUUCUGAUGUUCCAAUGCCUGGUCUUGAAAAGCAAGUCACAAUAUCUGAAUCUCAUUUGGGUCUAACUACAACUCUCCAGGGAAUUGUGACGAUAACUUCUUUCUGUGAACAAGUAGUUAUCUUAUCAACCAAGACCAAACCUAAGAAACUUGUUAUUCUGGGCUCAGAUGGUCAUAAGUAUACAUAUCUCUUGAAAGGGAGGGAAGACCUGCGUCUUGAUGCUAGAAUCAUGCAACUAUUGCAAGCCAUAAAUGGUUUCAUGCAUUCAUGUCCUGCAACUCGUUGUAAUUCUCUUUCCAUUCGCUAUUAUUCCGUGACACCAAUCAGCGGUAGAGCUGGUCUCAUCCAGUGGGUGGACAAUGUAGUUAGUAUAUAUAGUGUUUUCAAGUCGUGGCAGAACCGUGUCCAGCAAGCACAACUGCCAGCACAGGGCAGUAAUAAUAUGAAAACUACAGUUCCUCCACCUGUUCCCCGUCCAAGUGAUAUGUUCUAUGGUAAAAUUAUACCAGCACUUAAAGAGAAAGGCAUACGGAGAGUAAUAUCACGAAGAGACUGGCCUCAUGAAGUCAAGCGAAAGGUUCUUUUGGAUCUUAUGAAGGAGGCUCCUAAACAACUUCUUCAUCAAGAACUUUGGUGUGCCAGUGAAGGAUUCAAAGCCUUUAGCUCAAAAUUAAAGAGGUAUUCUGGUACCCUAGCAGCCAUGAGCAUGGUCGGCCACAUCCUGGGCCUAGGGGACAGGCAUUUGGAUAAUAUUCUUAUGGAUUUUUGUAGUGGAGAUAUUUUGCAUAUUGAUUACAAUGUGUGCUUUGAUAAAGGGCAAAGACUAAAGAUUCCUGAAAUUGUGCCCUUCCGCCUGACCCAGACAAUUGAAACAGCUUUAGGGUUGACGGGAAUCGAAGGUACCUUUAGAGCAAACUGUGAAGCAGUUCUUGGUGUCCUGAGGAAGAAUAAGGACAUACUCUUAAUGUUGUUGGAGGUAUUUGUUUGGGAUCCACUUGUGGAAUGGACACGUGGAGAUUUCCAUGAUGAUGCGGCAAUCGUUGGUGAAGAAAGGAAAGGCAUGGAGCUAGCAGUUAGCUUGAGUCUAUUUGCAUCCCGGGUGCAAGAAAUUCGCGUUCCAUUGCAGGAACAUCAUGAUCUUUUGCUGGCUACCUUACCGGCAGUUGAAACCGCUCUCGAGAGGUUCACAAACAUCCUAAAUCGAUAUGAGCUUGUCUCUGCUCUUUUUUACCGCGCUGACCAGGAGAGGUCUAAUCUUAUUAUGCACGAGACAUCUGCAAAGUCAAUUGUUGCUGAAGCAACCUGUAAUUUGGAGAAAACCCGUGCCUUAUUUGAAAUACAGGCUCAAGAAUUUGCUCAGGCAAAGUCUUUGGUAGCUGAAAAGGCCCAAGAGGCAACAGCGUGGAUGGAGCAACAUGGAAGGGUACUUGAUGCUUUACGAAGCAAUUUGAUUGCAGAAAUUAAAUCCUACAUAAAGCUGACUGGUAUGGAAGAAGUUUUGUCUCUUACAUCUGCUGUACUUGUGGCUGGGGUUCCACUGACUAUAGUUCCUGAGCCCACACAAGUUCAAAGCCAUGAUAUAGAUAGAGAAGUUUCUCAGCUCAUAGCUGAGUUGGAUCAUGGAAUUUCUUCUGCAGUAACAGCACUCCAAGCAUAUUCUUUGUCUUUGCAAAGAAUUCUACCCUUAAAUUACCUUACAACCAGUCCAGUUCACGGAUGGUCACAAGUUCUCCAACUUUCAGUGAAUAGCCUUUCCUCUGAUAUCCUAUCACUUGUCAGAAGACAAGCUACUGAGCUUGUUGGGAAGGUCCACAAUGAUGGAUUUGAUUCUCUGAAGAGUAGUUAUGAUGAUCUGUGUCUUAAAGUGGAGAAGUAUGCGGCCGAGAUAGAGAAAGUUGAAGAAGAAUGUGCCGGACUGGUUAACUCAAUUGGCUCAGAGACUGAAGCAAGAGCGAAGGAUCAGCUUCUAUCUGCUUUCACGAUGUACAUGCAAUCUGCUGCCCUUGCAAGGAAAGAAGAUUCCAUGUCUUCCAUGCAUGUAGAACUGUUGAAGCACAAUGAGACAAAAGAUGCUAGAUUGCAAGGUGAGCUUGAAGAGAAGAAAGAAAAGGUUUUUAAUGUUCUAUCUACUGCUGUAAGCUCUCUGUAUAACGAGGUUAAGCAUAGAUUGCUUGGCAUAUUGAGUCAUUGCACUAGGGGGAGGAAUAUGGACAAUAGACUACAUUCCAAUCUUGGAGCUUUCUUCUGUGAGUUUGAAGAGCAAAUAGAGAAGUGCAUACUAGUAGCAGGGUUUGUUAAUGAACUGUGGAUAUAUAUUGAUAGGAAUAUACCUAGUGUUAAUACAGAUAUAGAUCAUUUUGAUUAUUCUUCCCAAAGAAACUGGGCUUCCAUCUUCAAAACCAGUUUACUUUCUUGUAAGAGCUUGGUUGGACAAAUGAUUGAAGUUGUUGUACCGGAUGUGCUUAGAUCUGUUGUUUCAUUCAAUUCAGAAGUUAUGGAUUCAUUUGGAUCUCUGUCACAGAUCAGGGGAUCCAUUGAUACAGUAGUGGAGCAGCUUGUUGAGGUUGAACUAGAGAGGGAAUCUUUGGUGGAACUGGAACAGAAUUACUUUGUAAAGGUCGGACUCAUAACUGAGCAGCAGUUAGCUCUUGAAGAAGCUGCUGUGAAGGGUAGGGAUAAUCUUUCUUGGGAAGAGGCUGAGGAACUUGCCUCCCAAGAAGAAGCUUGCAGAGCACAGCUGGACAAGCUCCAUCAAACAUGGAACCAGAAGGACAUGCGAACUUCUUCUCUGAUGAAGAGAGAAGCCAGUAUUAUAAGUGCUUUGGCAUCAUCUGUAAACCAUUUUCAAUCUCUAGUUAGUGCUGAACAUGAAAGGGAACCACAUGUCUUCAGAAGGAAAGCUUUUCUGGAAGCACUAAUUGAGCCCUUCUCUGAGUUGGAAUCAAUUGAUAAAACAUUGUCUUCACUUGGUGGACCUGUUGCCUUCUGCUCGGUCGGGGCUUCUAAUUUUGUGGAUUUGAUGAGUUCUGGUUGCCCAAUAUCUGAAUGUAUCUGGAAGUUUCCUGGCUUACUGAAGAACCAUUCUUUCUUCAUCUGGAAAGUUGCUGUUGUGGAUUCUUUUCUUGAUUCCUGCAUACAUGAUGUUGCAUCAUCUGUGGAUCAAAAUUUAGGAUUUGACCAGCUUGUCAAUGUUGUGAAGAAAAAACUCGAAAUCCAACUUCAAGAACAUAUUGGGCAAUACUUGAGAGAGCGAGUUGUUCCUAUUCUAUUGGCUAGAUUAGAGAAAGAAAAUGAACUUUUGAGGCAACUUACGGAGGAGUCAAAGGAACUUGAUUUGGAUAAAGUGAAGAAAGAUUUUGGGGCUGUGAACGGAGUGCAAACUAUGCUUGAGGAGUACUGCGAUGCACAUGAAACUGUCAGAGCAGCGAGGUCAGCAGCUUCCCUCAUGAAAAGACAGGUGAUUGAACUUAAAGAGGCUCUUCGUAAGAGCAUCCUAGAGAUAAUUCAGAUGGAAUGGAUGCAUGAUAUUACUUUGAACCCAUUGCACAAUAGCAGGCUCAUAUCUCAUAAGUUUCUUUCAAGUGAUGAUAACUUAUUUCCAGUUAUUCUAAACCUUAGCAGGCCUAAAUUGUUGGAAAGUAUACAAUCUUCUGUGUCAAAAAUAGGUCGGUCAUUGGAAUGCCUACAAGCUUGUGAACAAACUUCUAUUACAGCAGAAGGGCAGCUCGAGAGAGCCAUGGGGUGGGCCUGCGGUGGUCCAAAUUCUGGUGUUAUUGGAAGUACGUCUGCAAAGAAUUCAGGAAUACCUCCAGAAUUCCAUGAUCAUCUGAUGAGGCGACGACAAUUGUUACAGGAAGCACGAGAAAAGGCAUCAGAUAUCAUCAAUAUUUGCAUGUCAAUAAUGGAGUUUGAAGCAUCAAGAGAUGGCAUUUUCCGGACUUCUGGAGAUCUCCAUCCAUUUAGGACUAGUGCUGAUCGCAGGACGUGGCAGCAAACUUACUUAAAUGCAUUAACAAGAUUAGAUGUUUCUUAUCAUUCUUUUACACGUACUGAGCAAGAAUGGAAGCUUGCAGAAAGCAACAUGGAAGUUGCUUCCACUGGCUUAUUUUCUGCAUCUAAUGAACUCUGCAUUGCUUCAGUUAAUGCAAACUCAGCAUCAGGUGAUUUACAAAGCACUCUUGUUGCUAUGAAAGAUUGUGCUUAUGAAGCCAGCAUAGCGUUGUCUGCUUUUGUGCGUAUUACAAGGGGCCACACUACUUUGACAUCUGAAUGUGGUUCCAUGCUUGAAGAGGUCCUGGCAAUAACUGAAGGUCUACAUGAUGUUCACAGUUUGGGGAAGGAGGCUGCUGUAAUACAUCGUUCUCUUAUGGAAGAUCUUUCUAAGGCAAAUGCAAUCCUGCUUCCACUUGAAUCUGUACUGUCUAAGGAUGUUGCUGCUAUGACUGAUGCUAUGACCAGCGAAGGAGAGAACAAGAAGGAAAUAUCUCCGAUUCAUGGACAAGCCAUAUACCAGUCUUAUUAUUUAAGAAUUAAGGAGGCUUGUCAGGCCUUUGAGCCAUUGGUACCAUCGCUUACAUUCUCUGUGAAGGCACUCCAUUCCAUGUUGACCAGACUAGCAAGAACUGCGAGUCUACAUGCUGGAAAUCUUCAUAAAGCUCUUGAAGGACUAGGAGAAAGCCAGGAAGUCAGGUCACAGGACAUUAAUUUGUCAAGGCCAGACCUUCCAUGUGAUGAUGAUUUGUAUGAUAAUAAGGAGAGGGAGAUUUUCUCCAAAUCCGAUGGUGAAAGUAACGAGGAUUUUCUUGGCAUGUCUGGACUGUCUUUACAAGAUAAAGGGUGGAUAUCACCUCCAGAUAGCAUCUGCAGUAGCAGCUCAGAGUCUGGUGACACAUCUGCUGAAGCAAGUCUUGCAGAUAGCUCUAGUGGCCCAGAAUUGAUGGAACAGCUUCCACAAUGUUCUAAUAGCAGGGAGAUCAAUGAUUGUUUGAACUCUGCUCUGUUAUCUGGAGCUGAUUCCCAAGAAACUUUGUGUCAUGAGCCAUCAGAAUCCAUGGAGGUCAAUAAUACUGAUAUUGGUUAUGUAGAUGAACAUCUGAAAGUUCUGGUAUCACCACAUGAUAAAUCUUCUAUACUUGUUGAGGCUUCACAUUCAUUGAACCACAAAAACACUCAGGUGAAUUUUGGGCACAAGGACGAAACAUCCUCACUAACCAAAGUCAAUGUUGAAGAUGAAAAUCGUGAAACUCCUCAUCCUGCUACCGAUGCUGGAAGUCGAAAAACCAGGGGUAGAAAUGCUUAUGCAAUGUCAGUUCUACGGCGAGUUGAGAUGAAACUGGAUGGCCGAGAUAUUGCUGAUAACAGAGCAAUGAGUAUUGGAGAGCAAGUGGAUUAUCUACUUAAGCAAGCAACCAGUGUGGAUAAUCUUUGCAAUAUGUACGAAGGUUGGACACCUUGGAUUUAAGCUUUUGAAGCCUGUUCGUUUAUAUGCAAAAUGCUUAUCGCAAGAUAAUAUUUCAAGGAACAGUCUCAGGCGUAUCUGGGGUAUUAUGAUUCUCCUUUUACCACGGGACAGCCUUCCUUGCGUUUGGAAACUUUCAAGUACCUGGAGAGUAAGCCACUGCAGUUAUUGCCCUAGCAUGCCAUAUCUCUUGGCCUCACAAUCUUAUGUUCUCCUCAGGAAAGAUGAACCCCUGCCAGUUUGGUGACAGAUUUUUCACAGGAUCCCAUGAGCCUCUUUAAAAGGUCCCACCCUUCAUCCAUGUAAAGGGUUCCUCUGAAAGAAUGUGUAUUUUGACACGGUCCACACUUCAAUCUGAGUUGAAACAUUGCCUUGGAGUAUCAUAUGGCUGAUGAGGUAAAGGGAUAUCCAACUCUCUCGAGGCUUUAGGCUGGACCAUUCCAGAGCUGUUGCAAGUCCUUGCUCCUCUUUCACUGGUUUCGCAUUGUCUGCUGCAUGGGAGGCAUUCGUUUUGCUGGUGGCUUCAGAAAUCAUGACUUCAUAUCCCUUUUUCUGAACGAGGCAAGUAAAACUACAUGCGACGCGACGUGCUUUUCAAGAGGAUUGGGGUCCUUCACACCUCCCUAACUGGACCAUUACAUUGGCAAAAUUCAUGAUCGAUCCGUCACACUCUCUCUUGUUGCUCUGCAUGUCAAUGGACUGAUAUCCCUUGAGCAUCAGGAAUAUUACCAUCUACAUGAACAGAGUGGUUUCUCCUUCAUUUCUUCUUCUUUUGCGUUCUAAUACUAGUUGUGGCCGACCCCAUUCAUAUGGGAUUAAGGCAAAGGAUGAUAAUGAUGAUGAUAGGUAGUUGCCCUCGAUAAUAAAAUUCUGUAAAUCUUAAAGGACGGAUUUGUACUUCAAUUUCAUCGAAUGUUGUAUUCGAAUCCACUAGGUAUGAUGACUGUUUGCAGGCACUACUAUAUUUCCAUCUUUAUAUUGUCCCAAGUUAUCAACAUUUCCGAA